GGCGCCCGCCCCCCUCCUUCGCGGACUGUCUCCCGCGGACACGCCGGCUGAGAGCCCUUUUUGACUGCGAGCGGCGGCAGCGGAGCAGAGGCGGCGGCGCAGGACCUGCCGUCGCCCGGGAUUCCCUCCAGGUGACGAUGCUCUGGUUCUCCGGCGUCAGGGCUCUGGCUGAGCGUCCCUGCCGGCGCUCGCCUGGGAUUACCUGCUGCGUCUUGCUGCUGCUCAAUUGCUCGGGGGUCCCUAUGUCUCUGGCUUCCUCCUUCUUGACAGGUUCUGUUGCAAAAUGUGAAAAUGAAGGUGAAGUCCUCCAGAUUCCAUUUAUCACAGACAACCCUUGCAUAAUGUGUGUCUGCUUGAACAAGGAAGUGACGUGUAAGAGAGAGAAGUGCCCGGUGCUGUCGAGAGACUGUGCCCUGGCGGUCAAGCAGCGCGGAGCCUGUUGUGAGCGGUGCAAAGGCUGCACCUACGAAGGAAACACCUAUAACAGCUCCUUCAAAUGGCAGAACCCGGCUGAGCCUUGUGUCCUGCACCAGUGCCAGGAGGGCGUCGUCACAGAGUCUGAGGUCCGCUGCGUUGUUCACUGUAAAAACCCUUUGGAGCAUCUGGGAUCCUGCUGCCCCACGUGUCCAGGCUGUGUGUUUGAGGGUGUGCAGUACCGAGAAGGAGAGGAAUUUCAGCCGGAGGGAAGCAAGUGUACCAAGUGCUCCUGUGCUGGAGGCAGGACACAGUGUGUGAGAGAAGUCUGUCCCAUUCUCUCCUGUCCCCAGCACCUUAGUCACAUACCCCCAGGACAGUGCUGCCCCAAAUGUUUGGGUCAGCGGAAAGUGUUUGACCUCCCCUUUGGGAGCUGCCUCUUUCGGAGUGAUGUUUACGACAAUGGAUCCUCAUUUCUCUACGAUAACUGCACAGCAUGCACCUGCAGGGAUUCUACUGUGGUAUGUAAGAAAAAGUGCUCCCGCCCUGGUGGCUGCAACAAAGGCGGGGAGGGCUGCUGUGAAGAGUGCCUCCUGCGAGUGCCCCCGGAAGACAUCAAAGUGUGCAAGUUUGGCAACAAGAUUUUCCGGGAUGGAGAGAUGUGGUCCUCUGUCAAUUGCACCAUCUGUGCUUGUGUGAAGGGCAGGACAGAGUGCCGCAAGAAGCAGUGCAUUCCCGUCAGCAGCUGCCCUCAGGGUAAAAUUCUCAACAGAAAAGGAUGCUGUCCUAUUUGCACUGAAAAGCCUGGUGUUUGCACGGUAUUCGGAGAUCCCCACUACAACACUUUUGACGGACGGACAUUUAACUUUCAGGGGACGUGUCAGUACGUUUUGACGAAAGACUGCUCCUCCCCUGCCUCGCCCUUCCAGGUGCUGGUGAAGAACGACGCCCGGCGGACCCGCUCCUUCUCGUGGACCAAGUCCGUGGAGCUGGUGCUGGGCGGGAGCAGGGUCAGCCUGCAGCAGCACCUCGCCGUGCGCUGGAACGGCACGCGCAUCGCGCUCCCCUGCCACGCGCCGCUCUUCCACAUCGGCCUGGACGGCUACCUCCUGAAGGUGACCACCACGGCAGGUUUGGAAAUAUCCUGGGAUGGAGACAGUUUUGUAGAAGUCAUGGCUGCCCCCUACCUCAAGGGCAAGCUCUGUGGUCUUUGUGGCAACUACAAUGGACAUAAACGUGAUGACUUAAUUGGUGGAGACGGGAACUUCAAGUUUGACGUGGAUGACUUUGCUGAGUCUUGGAGGGUGGAGUCCAACGAGUUCUGCAACAGACCCCAGAGAAAGCCGGUGCCUGAACUCUGUCAAGGGACAGUCAAGGUAAAGCUCCGAGCCCAUCGAGAAUGCCAGAAGCUCAAAUCCUGGGAGUUUCAGACCUGCCACUCGACUGUGGACUAUGCCACUUUCUACCGGUCCUGUGUGACAGACAUGUGUGAAUGUCCAGUCCAUAAAAACUGUUACUGCGAGUCAUUUCUGGCAUAUACCCGGGCCUGCCAGAGAGAGGGCAUCAAAGUCCACUGGGAGCCCCAGCAGAAUUGUGCAGCCACUCAGUGUAAGCACGGUGCUGUGUAUGAUACCUGUGGCCCUGGAUGUGUCAAGACCUGUGACAACUGGAAUGAGAUUGGUCCAUGCAAUAAGCCGUGCAUUGCAGGUUGCCACUGUCCAGCAAACUUGGUCCUUCACAAGGGAAGGUGCAUCAAGCCAGUCCUUUGUCCUCAGCGGUGACCUUUGUUCCAGUUCUUAAGACUUUGAAACCUGGUGUCCCUGACACUGAAGUGGAAGAGCCAAUGAAGGACUACAGUAUUUGUGUACCUGAUCCUGCAAAUACACACACACAGAGUAUAUAUGUGUAUAUAUAUAGAUAUAUUCAAAAACAUUUCAUCAUUUAUAUAAACUAUAGGUGGAUUAUUAUAUGUAUAUUUUUUGCUAUAAGACAUGUAUUAUUUCUGGGAUCCUAAUCUAUAAGCCAUUGGAUACAUUGUAUAAAUACACCAGGUGUUUUUAAUUUAAUAAGGCAGCAUGUAGACAUAUUGGAUGGCUUUAAUAUCAUAUACAUUUGUCAUUUUAAGGAAAUUUUCUAAAAACUCUCAAUUGCCUGCCUGCAUUCAUUUUAGCUUUGACUCAGGAUUUGUAAUUGAGUGGGAAAUAUGUUCCUCUGGAGAAGGGCACAUUUAUCUAGGGGCAUCUCGUAUUUCCAUAGAAGUAAUGUGUACCUGAGAGAGAUGGCAGGAGCUUGGUGACCGACCCUAAUGGUACGUGGAAAGCAAGGGAGAGGCUGUCAAACUCUACUGGGUCCUGGCUUGAUGUUAUUUCCAAAACUUAUUGAGUAGUUGCCAAGAACUAUAUAUUUGUCACUAGGACAUAACCAAAGAAUCAAGUGAUUUCUUGCCAUCUUCACAUAUUCUCUGAGUCUCCUCAUUAUAUAAGUGUGUGUGAUGGAUGUGACCGUUUAUAUGUCAUGCAUCCAGAGUCAAGCGUGUCUGGAUGACAUGUUAAUUUUACUGAGCAUGAGAAGAUAUCUGGAGAAACUGUUGCACAACCUAUGAAGAAAUAUCCAUUUCUUUGAAUCUCAGAGCAAUUUCAGAUGAGCAAAUCCAAUGAGUUGAUGUAAGUCAUCUACAUUUUGUGACUAUUCCAUGUGUAAAACGAAAGCUUUUAAUUAUUCCUAGAGGAUUCCUGUCCAAAGCUAUUUGGCUAGUGUUAAUAUGUCAUAAUUAUUAGACAGGGAAAAGCCUUUACUGACCAGUCCAUUUAACAUCAGUCCAAUUAAAGAAUGGUCCAUAUACUUGCUCUAAUUUACUGAUAGGUUGCUACUUGUUACCAUGUGAUUUUCCUGACUUUUGUUUUCAGUUGAAUAGGUGAAAAUGUCAACAGAACCAAAACCCACUAUGUCUAAAAGUAAAAUGUUCUACAUUGUAGUAAAUAAAGGGCUUAAGAUUUAAAACAAUGCA